UCAGCGGUUCCUCCCCCGUCGCUCUCUAGCUCGUGGGGCUGCCGGGCGGGGGCAGCCCCCUCCGUGUACGGCCCCCUCCUACAGGGAGGCCCAAAAGCAGAGUGUCGCCUCCCGUGCUCCCCCGAGGCGGGAGCAGGAGUCGCGACGACGCUCUGGGCCCGGCCCUUCGGGCGCUAAGGCGGAUCUGAGGACCGUCCUCAUGUCCAGAAGGGCCGCGGCUAAGAAGCCCUGAUGGUUUUGGCCCAGGGCUUCCGAGGGCGGGCCCCUCUGGGGCGACGCGGCGUACACCUCAUCUUACGGUGCCCGGGUCCCCCCAGUGCCCUCAGGAGGUUGAUCUGCCAACCCUGCCACCUAUGGUGCUUCAGGGCGCAGCGGUCUCCGGCGAGCGCCUCUCCCAGUUCUCGCCCGGCAACGUAGCGGGUCUGGGAGGCUCGCGGCCUCUCCUGAGGCCUUCGCAGCGGUUAGCUCAUUUCCCCCAUGUCAGUUCGCCGCCUCAGGGCACCCAGCUAACCGCUUCUAUUACACCAGAGGUCAGUCUCGAGAGGCUGAUUCCCUUAGUGAGCUUUCUGGCAGCGUGGAAACUUCUGCCAAAUGUGUCUCAUUGGGUCCUGCGUACUGUAGAAAGAGGCUACCGAAUUCAGUUCGGCUCGCCUCCACCUAGUUUUUCUGGGGUUCUUCCCACUGUGGUGGGUCCCGAGCAGGCUCUGGUAUUGGAGCAGGAAGUACGUACUCUCCUGAGGAAGGAGGCCAUCGAGGUGGUCCCUCCUCACGACAGGGAGUCAGGGUUCUACAGCCGGUACUUCAUUGUUCCCAAGAAGGGGGGAGGGCUGCGUCCCAUUUUGGACUUGCGGCAAUUGAACCUCUCAGUCGCUCGACUGAAGUUCAGGAUGCUUACGGUCACUCAGGUCGUGUCUCAGAUCAGGUCCGAGGACUGGUUCGUCACGAUCGACCUAAAAGAUGCGUAUUUCCACAUCUCCAUCCUUCCCCCGCACAGGAAGUUCCUGAGGUUCGCCUUUGGGGGCGAAGCUUACCAGUAUCGGGUUCUUCCCUUCGGCCUAGCACUCUCACCCCGCACCUUCACGAAGUGCGUGGAUGCUGCCCUGGCUCCUAUGCGACUACGGGGCAUCCGCAUACUGAACUAUAUCGACGACUGGUUGAUUUUAGCUCAUUCAGAGCAGAUGGCGGCUCGGCAUCGAGAUGCCGUUCUCGCCCAUAUGAAGGAACUGGGGUUAAGACUAAACGCCGAGAAAAGCGUGCUUUCUCCAGCUCAGAGAACCGCUUAUCUAGGCAUCGUGUGGGAUUCGACCACGAUGCAGGCACGUUUGUCUCCUGCUCGGAUCGAGUCGGUCCUCACAUCGGUCGCGAGAGUGAAAGUAGGCUGGUCACUCACUGUAAAGCAGUUUCAGAGACUGCUGGGCCUAUUGGCAGCUGCAUCCAACGUGAUACCGUUUGGCCUGCUGCACAUGAGACCCCUACAGUGGUGGCUCAAGACCAGGGGUUUUUUCCGAAACAGAGGAAACCCGCUCCGCAUGAUCAAGGUCACACGACGAUGCCGCCGUGCCUUAGCUGUGUGGAGAGAACCUGGGUUCUUGUCUCAGGGCCCGGUCCUGGGAGCUCCUGGUCGCCGCGUAGUGCUAGCGACGGAUGCGUCCCUCACCGGAUGGGGAGCGGUCAUGAGUGGCCGUCCUGCCCGUGGUCUGUGGAGCAGCCGCCAUCUCACUUGGCACAUCAACCGCCUGGAAACACUGAAACACUUUCUCCCAGACCUAAGAGGCCGCCACGUGUUGGUGCGCACCGACAACACGACGGUGGUCUCUUACAUCAACCGCCAGGGAGGUCUGCGUUCGCGCCCCCUUUACAGGCUGGCUCUCCAGAUCCUUGUGUGGUCCCAAGGGAACCUCCUCUCAUUGAGAGCGGCCUACAUCCCUGGUCAUCUCAACGUGGGAGCGGACGCCCUGUCGAGGCAGGGGCCGGUGCCCGGGGAAUGGAGACUCCACCCCGAGGUGGUGGAGCUCAUAUGGCGUAUGUUCGGCAGAGCCCAGGUGGAUCUGUUUGCGACGCAGGAGACGUCGCACUGUCCCCUUUGGUUCUCUCUGAUUCAUCCAGCUCCUCUUGGACUGGAUGCCAUGGUACAGCCGUGGCCGAGGCUGCGUCUGUACGCCUUUCCUCCGGUCGCUCUGCUCCCGGGAGUUCUGGAGAGAGUGCGUCGGGACGGAAUUCGUCUACUGUUAGUAGCCCCAUUCUGGCCGGGCCGAGUAUGGUUCUCGGACCUGAUUUCCCUCCUAGACGGCUCCCCAUGGGAGAUUCCGAUCAGGAGGGAUCUCCUCUCACAGGCGGGGGGCCAUCUUCACCCCCGCCCGGAGCUGUGGAAGCUGUGGGUGUGGCCUCUGAGGGGGCACAACUCCGCGCUUCCGGUCUCUCAACCGAGGUUGUGGAGACCAUCCUCCAGACAGACACGCAGCCUGCCUCUGGAGGUGGCAUUAAUGGAGAUGGUGUCCAAGUCUCCUCUAUGUGAGAAUGUGGUGGAGCUACUGGAAUGGCUGGAGACAUCCACUUUCUUCAUCUUGGUGCUAGAGCAACCCAUCCCCUGCAUAGAGCUUUAUAAAUUCUGCAGAUUUCUUCACCAUGACUUCAAGCCUGAGAAUAUUCUGAUCAAUCCGGAGACGCUGGAGUUGAUCGACUUUGGCUGUGGCGAUUUGUUGACGGAUGAACUCUACAGGGACUAUGCAGGCACUCUGGCUUACUGGCCUCCUGAGUGGGUUCUCUAUGCAGAGUAUUUUGGCAUUCCUGCUACUGUCUGGAGUCUGGGUGUAGUUCUGUUUGACUUGAUCUGCAGACAGUUGUCCUUUUUCAGCGAUAAUGAGAUUGUUGAGGGGCAUCUGGGUGUAACCUAG